AAAGCAUAAGUGAACUAGAGAUGCCAUCAGGAAAGGAUUUGGGUUGUGGAGACUCAAGGAAGAGAGGCCAUAACGCUGAAGAUUGUCCAAAGGAGGACAAGUUUUUCCAAGGGUCGUCUGGGACAAAAGGAACGCAACUUGACAAGGAUGGAGAAUUGGGAUGUUCGUCGAAGGACUCGUACACUGCGAACUCUGAAGAACGUUAUAACAAAGAGAUAGAUCGCGACCUGCGAAAAGAAAAGCAUAGGCUGCAGCAACAUCCCUGUAGAAACACCGAACACCUAGAGGAAAUAACGACUGGUCAUCCAAGCAAGGAUCUGGAGGAACGCCUCGACAAUAACAGAACUCUAACGACAGAAGAUAAGAGAAACAACAAUAUCAAUGAGGGAGAAGGUAACACUGGAGGAUGUCUCGAAGAAAAAACAAUACUUAUGAGAACAGACCCUGAAGGAGGAUAUACCACUGUGCAAAAGAAACUCGUUAACAAUAAACCUGAUUUUGAAGAUACUCGGCAUACAAUGAAGGGAAUAGAAUUGUCAAGGAAUUCCCAAAUUCAGAGACUGGAAAUCGAAUACCAUCAAUAUGACACCUGCACCAUCACAGUCCGACAUCAUCUGGUCAAUUGGAGUAAAGUAAGUAACCAAGCUAUGAUGGCUUCUUUAACGACAUCACUGGCCAUAACACUACGAUCCCGAGAGAUCACCAGCUUGACAUACCUAAGGAUUAAGCACAAAUGGAGAAAUAAAAUGAUCGACGAUCUAACCUCUUAUUAA